AUGAGCUCGGACAACGCCUGCAGCAUCGCCUCAGACUUUGAUGCGCCAGAUUACGACGCGUUGCUGCAGCAAAUUGCUUCCACCGACGUUGUUGAUCAUUAUGAAGCGUGUAGCUUCGAAUGGUCUAAGCUGCGCGACAUAAUUAAAUACAAGAUCGAAAAGAACAUCGCCCUCUUCCUGACGGAUGAGAGUACGAAUCAAUCGCCUCCCACACCCCGGCCAUUUACACCGAUAUCACUGGCCUCGGGUGGUCUGAAGUUACCCCCAUUUCCGCCACGUAAAACCAGCCCAAAUGGAACCGCAGUGGCAGCCCCAGUGAACUACAUGAACAAUGCACAGAUUGACGAAAUGAAGGAGUACAUUUUUGCGCAACUGCAUACCUUUGAUACCAACCCACCGUUCACUGUGCAGCGUCUAUGCGAACUUGUAGUGAAUCCGCAACAGCACUACAACUGCAUAGGUAAAUACCUUCGCGCGGUUGAAAAAUCGAUGCUUGUCACGUCUACAUGGGACGCCUUCCCGAUUCCCCCAAGUAACGAGACGGAGCCUACUCUUCGCACGGUCUUAUCGACUGGAACUUCAUCCUUGAACGCACCUGCAACACCGUUAUUCUCACCGAUCCCGUUCUUACAUGAGGACGCGAGAAGAUCCAAGUCUCGAAGCCCCCCACCAUCCCCGCUUGUUCUUCCGACAGCAGGACUUGUCACUGGUGGAACGUCAGAAACUCCGGAGACAAAGUCCCUUGGUCUUGUCGACGAACUCGACGAUCCGAGCCCAGGACAUAUGAGUGAUCAUCCAACUGCUCUCAGCGCAGUCACUACUGUCGGCCCCAAUUCUGGAGCCAGGCCAUUAUUCCCCGCCUUGGAAGAUCGCUUCGUGAAAUCGGAAAACGCAGAAGGUGAAUCAAGUAAAGCGAUGCAGUCCGACACUUAG